AAUAAAAAAAUAUCUUAACAAGAUUGAAGAAUUAAGAAUCCCGAAGCCAUUUCAAAGCAGAGCUCUUCUCAACUAGUAUUCCAGAAUCAAGAACUGAUUUUUCUUUAUCAAUUUCAUUCUUGUGCAUUUCUCCACUAUUUCAAUAUCAACCCAUUUUUCCUUUUCUUGGAUUCUCAUUGAUCAUCAACUCUGCUACAUUUUUCCUUUUCUUGGAUUCUUAUUGAUCACCAACUCUUUUCUCCCAUUACAUUUGUUAUCUGGUGAAACAUGUCUAAUAGGAUUUGGUCCUUGAUUCAACAAUUUAUGAGAAGACACAAUUUACUUGAAUACAAUCAUAUGCCUUUUUAUGAUUCCAUCCACUGUGGUGCGUGCAGAAUUCGAGUUGCACUCAUCCAGGAUUUCGUUUUGACUGUAAACGACUUAGUGUCUGCAGGGUUUAUUAAUAGAUUGUUUAAUGUUGAAGUAUCAGAGGACGAGCGAUAUCAUCGACAUCAAGUAAUAGGUGGCAGAACCCUAGCCAAUACUUACUGUGUCCAAUGUAGAAGCCUGCUCGGGUGGAAACUUAUUGCAGUCUCUCAACCGUCUUGGAAUCAUAGAGUAGGAGGAUUCUAUCUGAGAUUGGACAAGCUUAUUUACUGGAACAAUGUAACUUUGUUUGAUUUUCUCUUUGGGGGCACUAAUGAGCAGGCUCCUAAUGAUCAAGAUGGAGGUACAGACGAAGAACAGGAUCAGAAUUAUUAUAGAGGCACCAAUGAGCAGGAUCAAAAUUAUUAUGGAGGCUCUGAUGAACAGGAUCAUGAUCAAAAUGGAGGCGCUGAUGAGGAAAAUGCUGAUCAAGAUGGAGAUGCUAAUGAACAGGAUCAUGAUCAAAAUGGAGAUGCUAAUGAACAGGAUCAUGAUCAAAAUGGAGGCGCUAAUGAGGAAAAUGCUGAUCAAGAUGUAGGCACUAAUGAGCAAAAUGUUGAUCAAGAUAGUGGAGAUGCUAAUGAACAGAAUGAUGACGAAGAAAAUGUGGGCGCUAAUGAGCAAGAUGUUAAUCACGGAGACGCGAAUGAACAGGUUCCUAAUGAACAGGAUGUAGGUGCUAAUGAGCAAAAUGUUCAUCAAGAUGGAGACGCGAAUGAACAGGUUCCUAAUGAACAAGAUGUGGGCGCUAAUGAGCAAAAUGCUGAUCAAGAUGGAGGCCAGCCAAUGAAACGAAUGAAGAUAUGCAACCUUUUGAAAUCUGUACAAUUCCUUUUGUCAAGAGGCUAUUGCAAUAUAGAUAUGUUGUUCUUAUUUGAGAAAAAUGCUGAUCACGAUGGAGGUGCUAAUGAACAGGCUCCUGAUGAACAAGAUGGAGUCAUCUGUCAAGUAUUCAAGCAGCUUACCAUGUCUUGCCCACAUGUUUCAGCUGUAAUUGCACUCUUAAAAUCAAUUCAUCCUGAUUGGAGUAGUGCUGCUAUCAGAUCAGCUCUAAUGACCACAUCAACAAUCAAUAAUGUGGUUGGUAGGCCAAUAACAAAUGCCACUGGUGAUAAUGCAAACCCCUUAGAACACGGAGAAGGACAUUUCAGGCCAUCAAGAGCAGUAGAUCCUGGUCUCAUUUAUGAUGCUACGUACACAGAUUAUCUUCUCUUUCUCUGUAGUCAAAACAUAAGCCUAGAUUUGUCGUACAAUUGUCCUGAGAAAGUAUCUACGGCGAGUAACCUUAACUAUCCAUCACUUGCAAUAGCAAACAUGAGAGGGUCCAGCAGGACUGUUACAAGAGUUGUUACAAAUGUUGGAAAAGACAAUUCGACUUACGUUUUAACUUUGAGAUCACCUCCUGGAUAUGUUGUUGAUAUUGUUCCAAAAACCUUACGCUUCAGCAAAUUGGGAGAGAAACACACCUUCAACAUAACAGUAACAGCGCAAAGCAGUACUGAAAGUAGAAAUGAGUUUUCCUUUGAAUCAAGAAGUGACCUUUCUAUAUAUAUCAACAUUCUCUUCUCAUUCAUUCUAUAUCAAUAUUUGUCUUCAAUUCAAUUUUGUUGUGGAAGAAUGCCUCCAACUCAUUGCAUCCAUUGCCGUGUGUGCAGAACUCGAGUUGCAUUCAUCGAGGAUACCGCUGCUAUUGUGCGGACGGGACCAUUUUGCAGAAUGAUCCUUAAAAGGGUGUUUAAUGUUCAAGUAUCAGACAACGUGUAUUAUAUUCUAUUAUUUGGAACUGCAACCGUAGCCAAUACUAACUGUGUCCAAUGUGGAACGAUCAUUGGCUCAAAAUUUAUUGCAGUCACCCAACAGAACAUUUAUUUUAGGGAAGGAAGAUUCUUUAUGAAAUGGGACAAGCUUAGUUUAUCGAAUGAACAGGUUCCUAAUGAACAAGAUGUCGGCGCUAAUCAGCAAAAUGCUUAUCAAGAUGGAGGCGUUAAUGAGCAGAAUCAUGAUCAAGACGGAGGCGCUCCAAUGAACUGAAUGAAGAUGUAGACCUUGAUAGCCUACUCAUGCUGAUAUUCUGCUGAUACAAAAUGCUAUAAUCCAUAAUUGUGUAAUAUUCUGUUUUCCAUUUCUGUAAUGAGAUUGCAGUACAUAUUAUUACUUCAGGUUGGAAUAAACCAAUUGAUACUGAACUCUUUA